CUUCUACGACAAUGGGAGUCGCUCCGAUGUAUAAUCUGCUUCGGCGAUAAGAAAGUCUUCGCCCACAAGGUUAUCCUGGCCGGCGUAUCAGAGUUGUUCCAUACAGCCUUCAACAGCAACUUUUCGGUUGCGAACCAAGCCGAUUACCAAAUCAAGGAUUACACCCAUGAAGUCGUAUACGCCAUGAUCAAGCACAUCUACUGUAAUCAGUAUGAUUCAGCCUCGAAGAUCAUCAAUCCGACCUUAGACCAGCGUCUUGAUUUCUGGAUAAACAUCCUACUUGUUGCGAAUGAAUACCAAUUACUACGGCCGUCACCGUAUCCAUUUUCAGACUCCCCGAGACGGAACGCUGUCCAGAAA